AUUAGUUUCCUGACACAAAUGGCCGCCGCAUCGCGUUGACUUACAUCAAUCGCAUCAGAAAUUCAUCGAUUAUAAUCAAUCGCGAGUGUUGUAAACUCUUAAAUAGUGUGUAAUCAGUAGACGGAUAACUAUUCUAAGUGCGCGUAUAGGUGUCAGCUUAUUUACCGCCCCGGAUGGACACUAGUCGGGUCGCAACCGGACGCAUUGCUCUUCGCCGCUGGGCUUACGUGAUGUUUAUGUCAACAACAAUGGCGGAUCCGACGUGUUUUGUUUAGCAAAAAUAGUGCGAUUUUCGUGGAUUACUAAUUGAAUACACACACGAUACCAGAGUCAUUAGUCACCCGGCGAGAAAAUGGCCGAGUCAAAGCCUCGGAUUAUGGUGUUUAGGCCUAGUUAUGAUGAGUUUAAGAACUUUUCCAAGUAUAUUGAACACAUGGAGAGUAUGGGGGCACAUAAAGCAGGCCUAGCUAAGGUAAUACCUCCAGAAGAAUGGGUGCCUAGAAAAGCCGGUUAUGAUGUAGAUAAACUACAUAUUGACAUCCCGGCACCUAUCUGUCAAGUGGUGACAGGCAAACAAGGCUUGUAUCAGCAGAUUAACAUUCAGAAGAAAGCAAUGACUGUGAAGCAAUAUCGCGAUUUGGCUAACUCAUCGCAGUACUGCACGCCACGGCACUUUGAUUACGAAGAUCUCGAGCGGAAGUACUGGAAAAACAUCACCUAUGUUGCGCCGAUUUACGGCGCUGAUGUUAGUGGCACUUUAACUGAUCCAGAAGUUGAAGAAUGGAACAUAAACAAACUCGGAACAAUCCUGGACUUAGUCAACGAAGACUACGGCAUCUCAAUUGAAGGCGUAAACACCGCCUACUUAUACUUCGGCAUGUGGAAGACCACCUUCGCCUGGCACACCGAAGACAUGGACCUCUACAGCAUCAAUUACCUACACUUUGGCGCACCGAAAACAUGGUACGCCAUUCCCCCAGAACACGGCCGCCGAUUAGAACGCCUCGCAAACGGAUUCUUUCCUCCACUGGUAAAAUCAUGUCAAGCGUUCCUCCGGCACAAGAUGACGCUGAUCAGUCCACAGGUCCUCAAACAAUAUUCCAUUCCAUACAACAAGAUAACACAAGAAGAGGGUGAAAUAAUGAUCACAUUCCCCUACGGUUACCACGCCGGGUUUAAUCACGGAUUCAACUGCGCGGAAAGCACGAAUUUCGCCGCGCCCAGAUGGGUGGAGUACGGCAAACGCGCAUCACACUGCACAUGCUCCAAAGACAUGGUGAAGAUCUCCAUGGACACAUUUGUGAAGCGUUUCCAACCCGAACGCUAUGAGAAAUGGCUGCAAGGCUGUGAUAUCGGACCGCAUCCGGAGGAACCCAAUCGCCAGGUGGCAGCACCUCACCCCAACGCGUUGGACAUCCUGUGUAAUAAAAACAAUCCGGAAUUACCGUCGAAUUUCACGCUGCCGAAGAAACCCGGCCGCAAGGGUAAAAACUUCAACAAUAUGAAUUUAUCUCUAAUGGAAUUCUCACCGGAGUUACAAAGGCAAAUCAUAGAGGAGGAUAUGGCGGAUGCGGCGGCUGGAAGGGAUGACGUAGCGCCCGAUGAGCAACAGAUGGAAGUCCUCGAGGAUAUCUGGCUGAAAGCAGGGGAGAUUGAGAUUGAAGACGCGACUGUCUACGAUGAUGGAUACAAGGUCAACUCACCACAUCGCAAGAAGGGUAAACGGAAAAAGGAGAAGAAGAUGAUUGGCGAACGGCGCAAGCGCACGAAAAAAUUCCUGUUGUUAGCACCGGAGGAUAUAAAACCAGUGGAUAUUUUUGCUGCUACGACGAGUUCCGGUGGGCAGGCGGAACCCAAGAAGAUUUGCGGACCGAUUAUAGCGCCACCAUUGACUCCAGCGAAGAAAAAAGCAGUGGAGUCAAUUAUCGCUCCGCCAAUAAUCAGAAAUCCAUUGGAUAUAUUAUCAGUUGUUGCAGUUAAAGAAGAGCCGCUAGAGGGCACCACGUCAAUCGACGCCAUCAUUAAAAAAGCAGAACUUGAACACAUUAAUCACCUAAGAGUCAAAGAAGAAGAGGAUGAGGAUACACCACGACCGGAUUACAACGGCGCAUACUUGAACUUCCUCUCACAGGGGUCAACAGUGAGUAGAAUACCUGGUUUACAGGUGAAUAAAGACUACAAUCGUAAAAAGUCACGAAAAUCAGCGAAUCCGAAAAACGUCAAGGAUAUAACCGUGCUCAGCGUGAAAGAUUGCCCGAAUCUACUCACAGCUGACCGAAUGCCGGUGCUCUGCCGGCAGGAACACACAAUGCCCGCCAUUAAACUGGAGUAUAACGAAAUGCCUACGUUGAAUCCAACUGUCAGCGCUGGUGGAAGUAAUAGUAGUAGUAGUAGGGGUUUAUAUGAGCCGCAGAAGAUCAAGAUGAUGCGCAUACCGAAGAAGACCGACCGCUCGUCGCUAGAUGACGCCUACAUCCAGACCUCGGUGCUGCAGCAGCACGACGCCGCCCAGGAGCGCGCGCCGCCACCGUUCAACGUACGUAUAGCCCACCUACCAUCAACGUCCUCCGUUGAUCCUCACACUAAGUUCACCUUCGUUGACGAUGCCGCAGCAGCCGAGGCCGAGUUCGCACCCACACCGGCGGCGCCCGUCGAAAUGCGCGCCGGGCGCAAUCUCACCCACUCGCUGCUCGUCGCACAGCUCUCCACACAGCAGCUGGAGCAAAUCCGCUUCGGGCAUCAGGCUGAGCGCGUCCUGCGACAGCAGGUUAGCAACGAGCACGCCCAGGUCAGCCGAGCGAUGAAAGCGCCCGACUCUCCAACGCCACCGCCACAGCAGCAACAGAAUCAAAAGAAGUCGAGGCGGGCGAAGAAACCACGCGUGCGUAAACCAACACAACACGAACACCACGUAGAGGUUAAGCCGUAUACCGCUGAGGAUGAGCAUUUGUAUGCGCAUUGUAGUAGUCGUCAUCGGGUGGAUAAGGUGCUUGUGCAGACGAUUGAGAGUCAGUAUGCGUUGGAUGCUAGUGCGCAUGUGCAGGUACAUGAUGAUUUUAGUACGGAGCAGGCGGCGCUGGAGUUUGGUCAUGGUGCGGGCGAGAGUGGGGAGCAAAAUGUCAAUGGGGAUGCGGUUUAUAUGCUGGGGUCGUUGAUUUAUGCGCCUACGGGGGAGGAAACUAUGAAAGAAGUUAUUAAAACUGAACCUCUGGAUCAAGAAGAUGGUAAAAGUCAACAUGACUUGACGAUAGAGGAGCAUGAUCCUAUGGAACACAUGUCAAAACAGUAUAAUGCUGUAGUAAAAGGUAUAUGGGCAAAACGUGAUGAUGGUAUCUACCGCAAAGGCCAAAUCCUCCGCAGCGAGAUCGGAAUCCUCUGCAGUGUGUUACUCUUGCGUAAUGGCGGUCUCCUCCUUGACGUCCCCCACUCCGAAGUAAGCCGUUUGGAACAAUCCAGCACUACUACACCCACAAAACCACAGUUUGUUGUGGUGAAACACAAUGGCCAGCUAUACGAUGGUCAACUCCUGGAAGAAACCACCCAAACUCUGCAUCACGUGCAGUUUGACGAUGGCGUUGUGCAAUGUGUACCCGACGCUUGUAUCUUGCCGCUGGGCUCGAAGUAUCCGCAGCUCAUCUCUCAGCUGACGGUUUAAACCUCCUCCUCCUACUUUUAUUUCCUUUCCUUUCCUUACCUAGAAUUUAAUUGUGAAUGUUUGAGAAUGAUUUCGUUUUAUUUCUACAUUUCGACAAGUAUUUAUUGCGUUGUAUUAUGUUCCGUGGAUGACAGACACUGUGUGCGCGUGCGUGUUGGGCUCGAAAUGAUGGACGCAUUGCUGCUUAGAUUAAGACUGAUUGUUGUGGAUAUUGUGCGCGGGCGAAUAUCUAGUACAAAUUCAAUCGUAUUUGGUUCGAUUACACGUGGUUGACUGUAUGGUCUUAGCGAGAGCACUCACAUUGUAUAUUUCCUCGAUUGUAUAACUGAUGAACUUAGUGCUUACAAUGUACGAGAUUUCAAAUGUAUUUGAUUGUUAAUGACGUGUUGCGCGUUGUAUGCGCGGAUAACGAUUAUAAGAUUAAUAACAUUGUACAGCCAGUAAUUAUGCUUGAUUAAUAGCCUUUUUCUAGUUAAGAAGA